GCAUGUUGGUCUGCUGGGUGCACGGACAUAACGGGUGCCUUCUUACUGGCGGUCUGGCCGUCGGACAAGCCGACUUAUNNAUUCUGGUGCGAGCUGGACUGGCACGUGAUGAUGAAGUUUUCCUGGUUUGCAGACCGCUUUACGGCCUCCGUGAAGCACCCGCUCUCUGGGCGCAGUUUCGAUCUGAGAAGCUUGCAGCCUUGAAGGUGCCCUUCCGUGACGGGUUUUUAGUUCUGAGGCCAGUGGUCAUGGACAGUGAGUUGUGGCGGAUCAUGUUCAUGGAUGUCGAGGGCGAGCUGACCUUGUGUGGCGUUUUGGUCACGUAUGUGGACGACCUUCUGUAUUUGUGCUUGAAGUGCGUCAUGGAGGUGCUGCACCAGGCUAUAAAGGACAUGUGGCCGUGCUCUGCUUUGGAGUUUGCUGCGCAGGGCGAGGGAGUUCGCUACUUGGGCAUGGAGCUGUAUGAGCGGGAGAACGGCUUCUUCCUCAGCCAGGCCGGGUACAUCGAGUCCCUUCUUAAGAGCCAUGGCAUGUCGCCAGAUAUCAGGGCACAACUCCCGUGCCCCAGAGAGUGGCUCAGCGACGAGGACGAUGAGACUGAGGUGGAGAAUUUUUCUGAGUCCGAGUUGAGACAAGGCCAACGCAUAGUUGGCGAGUGUCUUUGGCUCGCCUUCAGGUACUCCUACACCAUUGAGCGUGUGAAAAAGGGGCUCCUCAAGGUUCGACACACUCCUGGCGAUCGCCAGCUUGCUGACUUGCCAACUAA